AUGAGCAACACACCGGUCCAGGAGCCCCCGGCCCAGGCACUGUCCCUUGACAGUGAACAGACGUUACCCUCACGACCCUUCCAGCCAAUCUCAGAUCCCUCGGCUUCUAAAAGAGUAUGUUUCUACAAGAGUGGCGACUAUACAUUCAGCGGGCAUCGCAUGGUCAUCAAUGCCCGCACCUUCAAGACAUUUGAUGCUCUACUAGAUGCUCUGUCAAAGAAAGUGCCUCUGCCAUUCGGAGUUAGAACCAUUACCACACCUCGUGGCACCAACCUUGUUAAAGCCUUAGAGGACUUACAUGAUGGGGGAUCAUAUGUUUGUUCCGACCAGAGACGGGUGAAGCCAUUAAACUUGGAUGAUGUGAACCGACGGCAGGUACCAUGGAACACCACCAGACCCUUCAGCGCAGGGCGACGAAAGCUUCAAAGACUCCAGUUUGGUCAGGUUCUCAGAGUGAAUGAAGUGGCCAACAGGCCAACAAGGGUCACGGAGAGGGCGGCAGUAAGGACACCAAAGAGGCUUGAGGUCAUCAAGAAUAGAGAUCCCGCUGUUAAACGCACAAUUGUGCUGCAGAGAAGAACAGCACCAACAUUUGACGCUUUACUGGAUUACCUCUCCCAGAUCCUGCAGUUCCCAGUGCUGAAACUCUUCUCUACAGAUGGCAGAAGAGUUGAUGGUCUUGCAGCACUUAUCCUUUGUUCUGGAGUUGUUGUGGCGGCGGGAAACGAGCCAUUCAGAUUAGGAAACUACUCCUCCCACAGAGUGGGCCAAAUGGCACAAGCAACGUACAUGGAUACUGUGGAACCAUCUAUGUUACAGCCCAGAGCUUUGAACAACAAAUCUUUCUCAAGCGGAAGAGGAUCAAGGAAUUUUUCCUUAUCAUCUGAGAGAUACAUUGUCAACCAAAUAAACAAGUCUCGAAGUGGAAGCACAAACAGCCAUCUACAACGAAGAAACAGAUCAUUCGAAACUGAGGCCAACCAUCAACACAGAUCCUUUGAGACGGGUGAAACUGGGAUGGUAAACAAUGAGCAACAUGCAUCCAUUGUACCUCAGGAUGAUGACAUAGAAAAGUCUUUCCGUGUAAAUCAAGAUGGCAGCAUGACUGUGGAGAUGAAGGUCCGUCUGACUGUCAAAGAGGAGGAGAUGCUCCACUGGACUACCACACUCAGCCGCACUAGCCUUAGCAAGAGGACAGUCUGUGCCUCAAUAUCUGAGUCGCGCAAGAGCUCUACUGACUCAAACAAUGCCGUUGCCAAAAACUCCUCAAGCAUCAGUGGAGAUGAAUUGAAAGAGGGGAACCAUCCCGCUGCGGGUGGAAAGGGUGUCAAGUUUAACGAAGACCGAGUGACGGGUAUAGCAAAAACAGCAUUCAAACGCAGUCCUACACCAGGUGCUCAACAGGUUAAAAGGGCGUCGGUUGAGAGUGUAAAGAUGGUGACAGAGUCGGGGGUUCAAGAGAGUACUCUGGGACAUUAUUCCUAUAUGGAGAGAACAGCUGGUGGUAAGAAGACUGAGGGAUACCGCGUUGUCAGACACAGCAGCAGCAACAGGCCGAUCCCAAAGCCACGCAAAACGCCAUCUGUAGGGACAAUCAACAAUGAAUCCUCCAUCAGGUCGUCGGGAGUAGCUGAGGUUCUUCAGAUACAAAAUAAUGGGAUGGAGGUUACAGAGACUGUAAUGCAUAUUUUUGAGAGUCAAGGCAGCUAUGACAACUAUUAUGCUAACGAGGAAUAUAGUGCAGAUGGUGCACCUUCAUAUUCUUCCACACCUGCGCUGGACAGCAAACCUUCCCUUGACUCAGCACCUCCUUCGUCUAGCAAUGAUUGUGAUAUAGAUUUUAGCUGUCAGCAACCCACUAGGGACUCACUACGAAGACAAAAAGAAGAGAUGUUAUCAUUGUCAUCCGAACCAAUAACUCAAACGCAAGAGAUAACAAAUCAUCCAUCUUCGGUGACAAAGCAUGAAGCCCGAAGAAAAGUCAAAACUCCUAAAACUGAGAGAAAGAAAAUGAUUGUUAAACCUGCUAGGAAUCUGAAAAGCUUGACUUCAACAAGCAGUUCAGAUAAAAAGCUAAAAGAAAGCAGAGUAAGUCCCUCAAAAAAUGGAGUCCAAUCAUCUACAGACAAGCUUAGCAGCAACACCAGUAUGGGAAAGAAGAGUUUGAGUUCAUCAGAAAGUGUUCAAAAUGUUCAGAGGAGUAACGGAACAGGGAAGCCUCAAUUCAAGAAAACUGUUAAGGAAGGACAGAUCCCCAGGAAAGAGCAAGCCUUAAUAGUCAAUGCUGUUAGUGUGAGAAGGAACCUAACUCUAAGACAAAACAUGGAUAAAACAGCUGCUAAAAAUAACGGUCAUAAUGUCAAUUCUCCAACUGCAAGGCCUCAAAUGAAGAAAAACAUAUCAGACAUUUUACAACCCAAAAAAUCUCUUUUGCCUGCCAGAAAGACAAUGACAAGGCCGAAGUCUAUGACUGAACACAAAUUAUCACCACCUAAAAAGUCUCUAGAGCUGAGUGAGAGUUUGUCAACACCUUCUUUCAAACCUUCACUCUCUGAAAUUCAUCAAUAUGUUGAGAACUGGUUGGAGAAGGUCAGUCCGGACCCAGUGCCAUACACUGAGGAGACCAACACUGAUGAUUCAAGGACUCAGACAAAGGUUGUGUUUCAGAUAGGCGCCGAUUCGGAGUCAGAUGAAAAGACUGAAGGCCAGACUACUCAAGACGAGUGUUGUGCAGUGCCUGGUGAUGUCAAAAAAUCUGCCUCUUGUCUAACUGUACCACAGUGUCAUGCAAAUCCAACUCUUCUGCAUAAUGAACAGUAUGUGAGAGGUUUAUGCGUUUCCAUGCCGAGUGUCAGAGUCGACUCUGCAAAAAUGGAGACCGUAAUGAGAUCGCACAAAUCUGUAGAGGCCAUUGGUCCAGCUGACAAUGAAGCAUCAUCAUCAAACUUUUUGAGUCCCCAUGCAAAGCUAAAACCUGUCCUAAAUCAGAUUUAUUCUUCUAUUCAGUGCAUCAGAGGGGUGUCUGAGACAAACACAACAUCCAAUCUUGAGAAGUCCAUGAGUCUUCCAGAUUUUCCAACACAAGUAGCUUCAGUGUUUGGCUCCUCGUGUAAAGCCUUCCUGUCAUUCUUAUCAGUUAUGACUUUGCGAGAUAACCUAAACGAAUCUGAAGAGGGGGUUGGAGACCAAUCAAGAAGUGACCCUGAGGCCAUGCUCAUGAUGCAGUCCCUUCAGAAAAUUUCUGCUAUUGAGGACACAGAAGAGCUAAGGGCAAGUUUGACGGAUCUGCAAAGCAGAGCAUCUUCUCAGCUCAGAGCACGCUGGAAGGACUUUCAGAUUCUGAGGGAAAGGCUUGAAAGUGAGCCGCUGUCUCCCAGAGUUUCAGAAACAGAAUUUGCCCUAGAUGUUUUCUCAGAAGGUGGUGAUGUAUUUGAAGAACAUCAUUUAGGUAUCGAUGAGCUGAUGGAGGAAAUGAAUAUGCCGCAAGAGUUAAGAGCAGAGAUAUGUUCAACAAUCCAACACUCUAGAUUUUUUUACCCUGUAGAGGAGAGCACCUUCAUAGAAACUGAAAGAAACCACUCAGACUCAGAGGAAGAUGUAGAGAAAUUUGUUGAAGAACAAAAUUAUGAAACAGAACAAUCACCAGAGCAUGAUAGUACAACAGUGGUGACAGCAUCAGAGAAAGAACUUCCUGAAGUUCAGAAAACAGAUACCAGUGUAAAAGAGUCAGACAUUUCACAGACAGAGCGAGAUGAUCUGGUAAAUGACAAAGAAACAGAAAAUGAAUUUGAAGAACAAGAAGAUGAGGGAGACAACAGGGAGGAGUUGAAAGACGGAGAAGAUGAGGUUACAAAAGAAACAGAUGAGGACGAGGAGGGUGCGGAGAGUGAGGCUGGAGAAAUGGAAAGUGAGGAAGAGGUAGAAAAAAAACAUCAUGACAAGGGGCAGGAUGGAGGGGAAGCAGAAGAGGGCAGUGAAGAGGAGGAGGAGUCUGUUGUGAAAGGUGAGGAAGGGACAGAGGAAGAGAUGUCAGAAGAUGAGGAGGAAGAAGGAGGUUUGUUAGGAAUAGAGACAGAAGUGGUUGAGGUGAUGGAGGAUGGAUUAAUAAAUGAAGAAGACCAAGAAUCAGGAGAUUGCAUUAGUGUUGAAGAGACAGAUGAAAGAGAGGAUGAUGAGGAGAUGGAGAAGGAGGAAAAUUAUGAUAUUGAGGUUGACGGGGGGACAGAGGAGGACGACAAUGAGGAGGAUGAGGCUGAGGAGGAUGAUACAGAGGAGGAAGGAAAUGAGGAGACUGAGGUCGAGAAGGAUAUAAAAGUGGAAGUAAGACGGGUUGAUGAGGUUGAUGAGGAGGUGGAGGAAGAAGAAUAUGUUGAGGAUGAAGGUGAUGAGGAGACAGACAAGGUAGAAAAUGUUGAUUAUGAGCUUGACAGGGAGUCAAUGGAGGAAGAAAAUGAGGAGACUGACAUUGAGAAGGAUAUAGAAGAGAAAGAAGAGGUUGAUAAACACACAGAGGAGGAAGAAAAUGUUGAGGAAGAGGUUGAUAAAGAGACAGAGGAGGAAGAAAAUGUUGAGGAAGAGGUUGAUAAAGAGACAGAGGAGGAAGAAAAUGUUGAGGAAGAGGUUGAUAAAGAGACAGAGGAGGAAGAUAAAGAAGAUGAUGAUUAUGAGGAGACAGGGGAGGAAGAAAGUGUUGAGGAAGAGGCUGAUGAUGAGACAGAGGACGAGGAGGAGGAGGAGGAAGAGAAAGAUUUUGAAGAUGAGGUAGAAAAUAUUACUGAAGAUGACGUCAUUGAAGAGAGGGAGGAGGAUGAGGAAAUACAUGAAGAGGAAGAUGAGGAAGAAGGGAAAGAAGAGGAAGAAGAAGAAACUUUAGGGAAUUUUAAGGAGAACGAAAAGUAUUCUGAGGGAGAGGAGUGCUGGAAAAACCUGGAGAAAGCAGAAAAUACUCUUGAAGAAGAAUCAGUUGUAGAGGCUGAAGUUGUAGAGGGGAUAGAGAUGGAUGAAGAAAAGCAAGAGUCGGAUGUAGAGGCAGAGGAAGAAGAUCUAAGUGAUGCAGAAAGUAAAAAUCUACUUGAGGAGGCUCUGUAUCUGCAGCAGCAGAGUAGCUGUGAGGAAGAUACAAAGGUAGGGGAACACAACCCUGAAUCACUUAGUAAUUAUUCCUCUGAGAUUCAGUGUGCAGAUGACAAGGGGGAUGGAACAGACACAGUCGAUGAACUCGAAACAGACGAAGGCGGGGAACAGCAAGAGGAACUAAACAGCAGUCAACCACAUCCAGUUGAGAUAUCACAGGAAUUACUUGACUUUGUUAACUCUGCCCUUCAGUCUGCUUCCCUUAUAUUUACAUAUGACGCUCAUGGGAAAAUCAGGAUUGAGCCAGAUAACUCUCGAGUUGUAAAAACGAAUCAAACAUCAAAACUAAAAAGGAGAGAGGAUAGUUCAUACGGUGUGAAGUGUCUGCCAAGCCCACAGUGCUCAGAUUUGUCUGAUUACAGGCCAGAAACCUCAGAGAGCGGUGGAUACCAAACUCAAGAGUCUGUAGAUAUUGUCUCAGAGAGUGGAGAAGAGGGAUCACAGAGACAGUUUCCAGUGUGCAGACGCAAAACAGAUAUCCGUACCUCAAAACUGUCUGUUGCAAGUGAUUCAAAAGUCUUGCAAAGUUCCCACAAUAAAAGUGGAGGGAGUUUCUCUUCUUUUGACUCAGGCACUAAAGCCUCAAAGGAGGAUCUGUCUUAUUUCAGUGCUGGAAGCUCACAAAAGGCAGAAACGGAAGCUGCCACAGAGGCCACACAGUGCUCUUCUUUCCCCUCAGAGAAGGACUCAAAGGACGGGGUUUUGAUUGACCAAGGUAGAUGGCUGCUUAAGGAGAAUCACCUCAUUAGAACUUCUCCUCCAGUGUCCCAGGGAAUGUAUAAUAAUGUAGACAGCACAUCUAUAGAUACAAGUCAUUCAAGGUCUAGCGAGGACUCCCCGCCUCCUUAUAAAACCCAGCAAAACCUUCUUGCAGCGUUAUCCUCUUCUGAGCUUGAAGAGAUGGCCAAGCCUAACACCCCAAAGUGCACCUAUUAUAACAUGCCACAUGGAAGUGAUUCCGACCCCUUUUUGGAUGAUUCUAGUUUUAAAAGUGGGAAGAAAGAUGCAAGCAGUGCUAAGGGGAGAGGUGUCCGGGUGGCACCCACCAUCAAUACUUCUCAAACCUGGGCAAAUAAAAACGGUAGUCUGUCUUCAUUUGCAUCAGUUGAGUUUAACAUACCAGACAGAAAAGUGCAUCCAGAAGGGGAGGCCUCCUCUCAGACAAUGGCAAGAAGGACAUCUGGUGGAGGAGGGAGAGCAGUACAGGCACAGGACUCCAUCGACGCACUGCGUCUGAGAUGUGGCCAAUAUUGCCCCAUACUAUAGCAGCGAAAGGCAUUCUUUUUCACAGAAACAUUUACAUAAAAAGAUAGUCAUGUAAAUAAGUAUUUUUAAUUUUUAUGUUUGUUUUGUGUUUGGUCAAAUAAUCAUGAAAAAAAACUUGUCUUGCAGCUGCUCUUCCAAACCGAAAGACAAGUGCAGCAAUUGUAAAGAGUUGUGCCUCUUAUUUAUGUUUGAAUAUAGCAAUGUUUAUUUUAUGUAAAUGCUCCUAUCUGUACAUAUUUGUAUUAUCUAUGCUUACAAGUAAUACAUGUCAUCAGCUUCUCAAUCAAUAAAAUGCAAUACAUCAGACAGAUGACU